CACCAAUAUGCCUUCACAGAUCUUAAGGUGUUAUUUUCCGAAACAUACCUUUGUACGCGCCAUGAAAAAGAAUAGAAGGAUAUGUACGAUACGAGGAAACAGGAUACUCAAGGGUAUUUCUUAAAAAGGAAAACCCGUCAUGGUCAGCCACACAUCUCGCGGGACAUCGAUCAUGCAAAAAAAGUUACAGGCCAACUCUCUUUAUUCCCAGUUCCCUGCAAUGUCAGUUCUACUAUCACAGCUAUUGACGCGAUCGCUACGAUUACAUUGCAAUGAGUUACAUUCUUUGGUAAAGAUGCCUUCUUCACAGCGCUAUAGCCGGUUUAUUUCGGUUUCCAAAGCUGUUGCAGAAUCCCCGAAAAGCGAUUCCAAAGGAGCGAAAGCAAGCAAGAUCAAAGAAAGUUGGCAACCUAAAAAGCGUGUGUCCAGAGUAGUCAUGGGGAAAAUCAGAGAUCUAGCUAUAGCCUAUCCGCAAGAGUACAACUCGGUAAAACUGGCAGAAGAGUUCAAACUCUCAGUAGAAGCGGUGCGAAGGAUAUUAAAAUCAUCGUUUCGACCGACAACAGAACAAGCUGAACGGCAGGAGCGGAAUCGGUAUCAAGCAAUGGGGGAAAGGAAAAAGCAACUCAAGAGCCAAUAUGGGGAAUUAUCAGGAUCAACCGAGGCAAAACAAUCACCCAACCAUACCAAACCGUCGCCUAAAAGCAGAAAGCAGAAUCAGCGAUAGCCAAUACCUAAUCUUUAUUAUAAACAGAAAAUACAUGCGUUUUCUGGGAGAAAUGGCUCAAUAAACCGAGAUGAGAUUGCCGUGAGGGAAGAAUCAUCUGGAUGGAAGGUUAACCCAUUGAUGGCGAAAUCAGUCAGAAAUCAGUAUAUCAUAGCUUUUAAAAAUCCCGGCCAUCAACGCCUAAACAAAAAAAAAACAAAA